CUUAGGAUGGAUGCAGAUGAGGCGUGUUUCCCGGUGCUUCCUUUCGGUUCCGGGAUUGUGGGAUCAUGGGAAUUCCCAAAGACAAGAUUUCCCCUUUGUCACACGCUCGAGAGCGUGAGGAAAAUCGGCCCCGGUGACUGUGUCACUAUUUCAGGCCCCUAUCAUACAACUAGCGUCCCGAAAUGGGUGGCUUACGACAAACAGGUGUUGUGCUUCGAGGGUCUCCUGGAGGAAAGCUGGGAGCGGGGCCAUCGAGCGGUGAAGGUGCUCUAUCAUCUGGAAGACGACACGAUCCAAGUCCGGGAAUCCCUUUCCUCGCCCUCCCACAUCCCCCAAGGAACGAUCUUCAGACGGCAGAAGAUGCCCAAGUCCUCGGGCGGCCACUACUCGCUGGAGGACAUGAACGUGGGUAGGCGGCUGGACGUCCACGGGCGGCGCGUGCACCUCGUGGACUGCGACGCCUUCACCCGGCGGUUCCUGUCUCGGCAGGGGUUCCAAGUCGGGACCGUUCCGGACGACUUCCUCAGGGAUGUCGUCGUUCUCAACCUUCCGAAGUCCCCGGAGGAUAGAGAGACACCCAGACUGCGCCGCCGUCACAAGUCCUCCGACCGGAUGAAGCGAUUCCUUGACUUCGGUGAAUCCGUCCUCAAGUUCAGGGCCUUCUGGGAAGAGGGCCCCGGCCGGCUGUCCCGCUUCCUCGUCCACUACUUCCUCGCCGACGACACCCUGGAGGUGCUACGACUCGAGGACGACAGGUCCCGGCCGUUUCUCCGGCGCGCCAAGCUCCCGAAGGAGCCGAAGGCGCCCCGGCUGCCCGGACAAGACCCGCGGGAUGGAGAACCCCCGGUGCUGAACGUAGUGUCCGGCCCCGGGAUCCGCCCCCGUUCUCUCCCCGACCCCCAACCCCCCGACGGGGACUCGGAGCCCGACCCCCAUUACACGGAUGCCGACCUCCGCCUGGGGGGGACCCUCGACGUCUGGGGUCGGCAGAUGCUCCUCUACGACAUGGAUCCCUUCACCAAGGAGUUCUAUCGGGCCAAGUACGGAAUCGGUCAGUGCCCACAGAGUACUGCGAAGUUUGAGGGGAUAGAUCCUCUUCAGUACUGCAAACAGCGCUGA